UUACUCCCCCACCUCACCCCCCGCCUCUUUUUAUUCCGGAGUCUUAUUAAUUUCUCUGUGGGGCUGCAGCUGGAGACCGCGGAGCAUUGGAAAUGACGCUCGGAGCUUUAAUUACCGCAGCCGCUGGACAAGUGUGAGGAAAGCUGACAGGAAAGAAAAAAGAAAAGAAAGGGGGAAAAAAGGACAGGAUCCGGGAGAAGCGAGAAGCUCCCUCCUCUCCCCCUUCCCCCGUCCCUCCCGAUUUGGACUCGAGGUGCAAGAAUUGCAAACAAGAAGCGCUGAACAUAGCCCAGCUUAGGGGAGAGAGGCCGGAACCCUACCGCCUCUUUGCAAUCAACUUUUUUUGGAAACCUUUUUUCCUCCCUCUUCCUUUUUUUUUUUUUUUUAAUUGUUGGCCAACCAGUGAGAGAGAGAAAAGAGAGAGGCAGAGAAAGUGAGGAGGGAGCAAGGAAGCGAAGGCUCCCACGGGGGAAUCGCUGCACAGUCCAGCUCGGAGCUCCUAGUGCCUACCUUGGAGCACUCUCCCACCCGCGCACACCCGCGCGCACACUCAGCCCCUGGCGGGGUCUCGGACUGUGGACCCCCGGGGGCGCUGACUCAAGUCUCUGGCUUUGGGCGCCCGUGCACUACCGCGCGCGUCGCGCCCGCCUUCCUCAGCGCCCCCACGCGCGCCUGGCUGGGGGUUCUCCUCCGCGUGCCCGAAAGGGGAUAUGUCAUUUGGACAUGUAAUUGUCAGCACGGGAUCUGAGACUUCCAGAAAAUGAAGCUGGCGACAGGACUGUGGGUCUGGGUGAGCCUUCUCGUGGCGGCGGAGACUGUCCAGCCCAGCGCUUCGCAGUCAGUGUGUGCAGGAACGGAGAAUAAACUGAGUUCUCUCUCUGACCUGGAGCAACAGUACCGAGCUUUGCGCAAGUACUAUGAGAAUUGUGAGGUCGUCAUGGGUAAUCUGGAGAUAACCAGCAUUGAGCACAAUCGAGACCUCUCCUUCCUGCGGUCUAUCCGAGAAGUCACGGGCUACGUAUUGGUUGCUCUUAACCAAUUUCGUUACCUACCUCUGGAGAAUUUACGAAUUAUCCGUGGGACCAAACUUUAUGAAGAUCGAUAUGCCUUAGCCAUCUUCCUAAACUACAGAAAAGAUGGGAACUAUGGACUGCAAGAACUUGGGUUAAAGAAUCUUACAGAAAUUCUGAAUGGUGGGGUCUAUGUAGACCAGAACAAAUUCCUUUGUUAUGCUGACACUAUUCAUUGGCAAGAUAUUGUUCGGAACCCAUGGCCUUCCAACUUGACACUGGUCUCAACUAAUGGAAGCUCAGGAUGUGGGCGUUGCCAUAAGUCCUGCACUGGCCGGUGCUGGGGGCCCACUGAGAAUCAUUGCCAGUCAUUGACAAGGACCGUGUGUGCUGAGCAGUGUGAUGGCCGGUGCUAUGGACCCUAUGUCAGUGACUGCUGCCAUCGGGAAUGCGCUGGAGGCUGCUCAGGACCUAAGGACACGGACUGCUUUGCCUGCAUGAAUUUUAAUGACAGUGGAGCAUGUGUUACUCAGUGUCCCCAAACCUUUGUGUACAACCCAACCACCUUUCAGUUGGAGCACAACUUCAAUGCCAAGUACACGUAUGGCGCAUUCUGUGUCAAGAAAUGCCCACAUAACUUUGUGGUAGAUUCUAGUUCUUGUGUACGAGCCUGCCCUAGUUCCAAAAUGGAAGUAGAAGAAAAUGGGAUUAAAAUGUGUAAGCCUUGCACUGACAUCUGCCCAAAAGCUUGCGAUGGCAUUGGCACCGGGUCACUGAUGUCUGCUCAGACUGUGGACUCCAGUAACAUCGACAAGUUCAUAAACUGCACAAAGAUCAACGGAAAUCUGAUCUUCCUGGUCACUGGGAUUCAUGGGGACCCUUACAAUGCAAUUGAAGCUAUAGACCCAGAGAAGCUGAAUGUCUUUCGGACAGUCAGAGAGAUAACAGGUUUCUUAAACAUACAGUCAUGGCCACCAAACAUGACUGACUUCAGUGUUUUUUCCAAUCUAGUGACCAUUGGUGGCAGAGUACUAUAUAGUGGCCUCUCACUGCUUAUCCUCAAGCAGCAAGGCAUCACCUCUCUGCAGUUCCAGUCCCUCAAGGAAAUCAGUGCAGGAAACAUCUACAUUACUGAUAACAGCAACCUGUGCUACUAUCACACCAUUAACUGGACAACACUCUUCAGCACAAUCAACCAAAGAAUCGUGAUCCGGGAUAACAGAAAAGCUGAGAACUGUACUGCGGAAGGGAUGGUGUGCAAUCAUCUGUGUUCAAAUGAUGGCUGUUGGGGACCCGGCCCAGACCAGUGCCUGUCCUGUCGCCGCUUCAGCAGAGGAAAGAUCUGUAUAGAGUCUUGUAACCUUUAUGAUGGUGAAUUUCGGGAAUUUGAGAAUGGCUCCAUCUGUGUAGAGUGUGACUCUCAGUGUGAAAAGAUGGAAGAUGGCCUCCUCACCUGCCAUGGACCGGGCCCAGAUAACUGCACAAAGUGCUCGCAUUUUAAGGAUGGUCCAAAUUGUGUGGAAAAAUGUCCAGAUGGCCUGCAGGGGGCUAACAGUUUCAUAUUCAAGUAUGCUGACUCAGACCGGGAGUGCCACCCUUGCCACCCAAACUGCACCCAAGGGUGUAACGGUCCCACUAGUCAUGACUGCAUUUACUACCCAUGGACGGGCCAUUCCACUUUACCACAACAUGCUAGGACGCCCCUGAUUGCAGCCGGAGUCAUUGGUGGACUCUUCAUCCUGGUCAUCGUGGGCCUGACAUUUGCAGUUUAUGUUAGAAGGAAGAGCAUCAAAAAGAAGAGAGCCUUGAGGAGAUUCUUAGAAACGGAGUUGGUGGAACCCUUAACUCCCAGUGGCACUGCACCCAAUCAAGCUCAACUUCGUAUUUUGAAAGAAACCGAACUCAAAAGAGUGAAAGUCCUUGGCUCAGGAGCUUUUGGGACUGUUUAUAAAGGUAUUUGGGUACCUGAAGGAGAAACUGUCAAGAUUCCUGUGGCUAUCAAGAUUCUCAAUGAGACAACUGGUCCCAAAGCCAAUGUGGAGUUCAUGGAUGAAGCCCUGAUCAUGGCCAGUAUGGACCAUCCACACCUAGUUCGCCUAUUGGGUGUGUGUCUGAGCCCAACCAUCCAGCUCGUUACCCAGCUCAUGCCCCAUGGCUGCUUACUGGAUUAUGUCCAUGAGCACAAGGAUAACAUUGGCUCACAGCUGCUUCUGAACUGGUGUGUGCAGAUUGCUAAGGGAAUGAUGUACCUGGAAGAAAGACGACUUGUUCAUCGGGAUUUGGCAGCUCGAAAUGUCUUAGUGAAAUCUCCCAACCAUGUGAAAAUUACAGACUUUGGACUCGCCCGACUCUUGGAAGGAGAUGAAAAAGAAUAUAAUGCUGAUGGUGGAAAGAUGCCAAUCAAAUGGAUGGCCCUUGAGUGUAUACAUUACCGGAAAUUCACCCAUCAGAGUGAUGUUUGGAGCUAUGGAGUCACAAUAUGGGAGUUGAUGACCUUUGGAGGAAAACCUUAUGAUGGAAUUCCAACCCGAGAGAUCCCAGAUUUAUUAGAGAAAGGAGAACGUUUGCCUCAGCCUCCCAUCUGCACUAUUGACGUGUACAUGGUCAUGGUCAAAUGUUGGAUGAUUGAUGCAGACAGUAGACCUAAAUUCAAGGAACUGGCUGCUGAGUUUUCAAGGAUGGCUCGAGACCCUCAGAGAUAUCUAGUGAUUCAGGGUGAUGAUCGCAUGAAGCUUCCCAGUCCAAAUGACAGCAAGUUCUUUCAGAAUCUGUUGGAUGAAGAGGAUUUGGAAGAUAUGAUGGAUGCUGAGGAAUACCUGGUCCCCCAGGCUUUCAACAUCCCUCCUCCCAUCUAUACUUCCAGAGCAAGAAUUGACUCAAACAGGAGUGAAAUUGGACACAGCCCUCCUCCUGCCUACACCCCCAUGUUGGGAAACCAGUUUGUGUACCGAGAUGGAGGCUUUGCCACAGAACAAGGAAUGUCUGUACCCUAUAGAGCCACAACUAGCACCAUCCCAGAAGCUCCAGUUGCUCAGGGUGCUACUGCUGAGAUUUUCGAUGACUCCUGCUGUAAUGGUACCCUGAGGAAACCAGUGACACCCCAUGUCCAGGAGGACAGCAGCACCCAGAGGUACAGUGCUGACCCGACAGUGUUUGCCCCAGAACGGACCCCACGAGGAGAGCUGGAUGAAGAGGGAUACAUGACUCCUAUGCGAGACAAGCCCAAACAAGAAUACCUGAAUCCUGUGGAAGAGAAUCCUUUUGUUUCCAGGAGAAAAAAUGGAGAUCUUCAAGCUCUGGAUAACCCAGAGUAUCACAAUGCUUCCAAUGGUCCCCCCAAGGCAGAAGAUGAGUAUGUGAAUGAGCCCCUGUACCUCAACACCUUCGCCAACACCUUGGGGAAUACCGAGUACCUGAAGAACAAUGUACUAUCUGUGCCAGAGAAGGCCAAGAAAGCAUUUGACAACCCUGACUACUGGAACCACAGCCUGCCACCUCGGAGCACCCUUCAGCACCCAGACUACCUGCAGGAGUACAGCACAAAAUAUUUUUAUAAACAGAAUGGACGGAUCCGGCCUAUUGUGGCGGAGAAUCCUGAAUACCUCUCAGAGUUCUCGCUAAAGCCAGGCACUGUGCUGCCUCCUCCACCCUACAGACACCGGAACACUGUGGUGUAAGCUUAGCAGUGGUUAGAAGGUAGAGAGACACGCCCCCACUCCAUUUCCCCACCCCCUCUCUUUCUCUGGUGGUCUUCCUCCUAUGUCCCAAGGCCAGUAGUUUUUGAUGCUUUGAUCCUGGAAGAGGUAGAGAUGCAAGGAGAGUUAUGUGCUUACCUAACUAGACAUUGGAUGGAAGGACUGAAAGAGAAAGACAGGAGGAACCACACUGUUUUCUUCAUUUCUCUGCAUGGGUUGGUCAGGAAUGUAGAUUAUUAGCUAGAAAGGAAGGCAAUACUGCCUGCUGUCCUUUUCUUUCCUUCAUUCUUUCUUUAUUUCCUUUCCUUUUUUUUUCUAUUUUUUAACACAAGUGACUGAAACAUCACUCUCUUCCUAAUUGCAGUAAUGGAUGUGUGCAUGUUCAGCAUCUUGGAAAUUAUAACAGUUUCUACUAGGA